UAACCUUGGUGAUCAACUUUUCUUCUUCUGUCAUCAUCAGGUCAAAACAUACAUUUCUUCAUUAUUUUAAAUACCUACAAAAUGAAUAACAUUUAAUAACAUAACAACCUUUAACAUGGAAAAAAAUGGAAGAAAUCUCAGGAAGAGAAACGGGAAGGAAACGCUGAAAAUAAAAGUGAAAACCAAAACCAGACAGAUGUAAGAUAAAUGAUUAGAUUAAACAUAAAAACACUGAGACAUAAAAUAAGAAUAAAAGUGAAUGAGAAGCAUCAAAACCCUGAGAGCAAGAAGAGAUGUGUGUAUGUACAUACAGAUGUUUGAACAUACAGAUGUGCACAGUGUCACACUGAGCGAUUCUUUAUCUAGAGACUCAACAGCAGCUGGUUCCUCAACAAAGACUGAAUUUACUCUAAUAAUCAGCUGUUUCCGGUGUAAAGCAACAUGUAUGUGAUGUUGUGUCAGACGUGUUGAUGAGGGUCUGAUGUGGAAGCAGCAGCAGUGACAGCUCGACACUCGGCUCUGGACUUUACUCUGUUCUCGGAUCAGCUGCCUAUAAAACCUGAGCGGUGAGCAGGACGCUCAGACUCCCGCUCAGGUAAACUCAGGUAAACUCAGCCGCAGAGACAGUCAUGAAGCUCCUGGUGGUCCUCGUCCUCGCCGUGUUCACAGGUUGCAAUGCAAACCUCGUGUGGCAGAAUCCCCCCAAACACCAGGUGGACAUGGUCAAAGAUGCUUUCUGGGACUACGUUGCCAGGGCAACCAUGACCGCCGAGGACUCCCUGAAGCAGAUCCGACGGUCUGAGCUGGGGAGGGACGUGAACAGCCUGAUCUCUGAGAGCGCCGACGCCGUCAACAAGUUCACCGACGCUCUGCGGACUCAGGUGGCUCCUCUCACCCAGGACCUCAUGUCUAAGUUUACCCAGGAGUCCGAGCGGCUGAAGGCCCGUCUGGAGAAAGAUCUGACCGCCGUGAGCGCCGGCCUGAAGCCCUACGCCGAGGAGCUGGUGUCGGACCUCCAGAAGCAGGUGGAGGAGCUGAGGAGGGAGGCGACCCCCUACGCUGAGGCCAUGGACCCAGAGGCCCUGAAGGCCGUGCUGCUGCAGAAGAGCCAGGAGCUGAAGGGGCAGCUGGACGGGAGCGUGCAGCAGCUGCAGGCCCAGAUGCUUCCCUACACCCAGGAGAUGAAGCAGAAGAUGGAGCAGAGUCUGGAGGAGUUUCAGACCAGCAUGAUCCCCCUGACCCAGAACUUCCAGACCCAGCUGAAGCAGAAGACCCAGGAGAUCCAGCAGAACCUGGCUCCAUACGGAGAGGAGCUGAAGGACAAGCUGGACACCGACGUCCAGAACCUGAAGAAGCAGCUGGCUGCUCUGUGGGAGUCCUUCACUCAGCUGACCCAGUAAACAAACAGCUGAUCCGUCCUCACUGCUCUCUGAUGGAGAGUCCAGAACCUCAUGUUCUUUAUGUUUAUACACUAUUCUGUCUUUUGUGUGACUGUUUACAACUGGAAGUUUUUUCUGUCAAACAAUAAAUAGGUUCAAGGAAUUUUAUUUUGUCACGAAACUUUUCUUUAUAUUUGAAAUGAAAAACUUUAAAAGCUUUAAAAACAAAACAAACACAAUCAUUAAGAAAAGACAUUGAGCGUCUGUAAGCACUGAACAGCUGAUCGAUAAACACUGAGGUUCUGUAUCACUGCGUCUCACUGAGGAAGGUUAAAGUUACAACUGGUGAAAAGAUGAAUUCAUAAACAGUGAAUGAAGCAUUGAUCUCUUCAACACUCAUGUUUUCACUGCAUCAGCUGAUCAGGCUGCUGCUUUAAACAGAUUAUUCUUCAUCACUGACAGUGACGAGUCCCGUUGUUGACGUUGCUCAUGUUACCGUCACAUUGUUGUGUUAUUUACUCCUGUUGCUCAGAAACAUCACGUCACUGAUUCUCCACAGACUCGUGCAGCUGCUGCUUCAGAUCAACCGCAGAAUAAAAGUUAGAAACAUGUUAAAAUCAAAUCAGAAGAAACACAAAAAGUUCAAAUGCAAAAUAAAGAGUUCAUCAAGCAACAAACGGCAGGUGGCAUGUGUAAGCUUCAGUGUGAAAACAACAACAACAACAACAACAACAACAACAACAACAACAAUAAUAAUAAUGAUAACAUUUCAACGUUUUGUAAGUUUAUUGGCUGGUUUCCACGUCUGCGUCACUUUUUAGAUGAUGAUGAUGAUGAUGAUGAUGAGAUGAUGAUGAUGAUGAGGAGGAUGAUGAUGAUGAUGAUGAUGAUGAUGAUGAUGAUGAUGAUGAUGUAGAAAGUCUUGAGUCAACCUGAAUCAUCUCAGACAUCCUGAAUAUAAACAGCCUCAGUCUGUGGCUCCCAAACUGUGACUCGCCAAAAUAAAACUACCUCAUUGGUUGAAUUCCCUUCUUUUAUUUAAAGGACCAGUGUGCAGGAUUCACAGGAUCUGAUGGAGCGGCUUCUCUUCUACACUGUCCGCCAUGUUUCUACAGACUACGGUGGCCCUGAGAGCUCAACACAUGCAAACACACAAUUCAAUUCAAAGUGAGCUGCAAGUGCUCACAACACAACGGAAGUGUUUCCAGGGGACACUAAAAAGUGACGGACCCGGCUGAGACGCACAGUGUUUCUGACUUGUUGUGGUCUGUGCUGCGUGGUUGUGUGUGUGUUGGUGUGUGUGUGAGGAUCUGCAGCUCAUGUGUCAAACUGAUGAUUGCGCUUCAGGGCCACCGUACCAAACCAGACGCCAGCUGUCGAGGAGGUCUGUGUUUUUAUGUCACCUGCAGGCCGCCGUAGUUUCUCCUACCUGCUCGGAGAAGAUGCUGGAGGCCACUGAGUCCUUCACACUGCUCCUUUAAUUUACUUUUAAAGAUGAAAUGAUCCAGUAAUUUACAAGAUGAGAGGAAAUAAAUUCUGAAAACCUCUGACUUGUUCAUGUUAAUGCUCUGAAGGUCUCACACACGGUCCAUGAAUCUGCUUUAAUGCCUCAUGUCUGUUUAUUUUACCAGCUGCACUGAAGGUGUUUCCACCUUUCCAGGGUUAUUGAUUGAUCAGGGUGGACGGGGGUGGAUUGUUGGAAGUUGUCCCAUCUUAUAAAACCUGCAGGAUCAGACUCUGAACCAGAGCAGCUGGACAGUGAUUU